AUGUUGUCAUUACUUAAUAAAAGUAAAAAUGCUGUUAGUAACAGUAUAAAUAGUUUAAUAGGAAAUAAAAAUAAGAACGAAGAUGUUAGUGAUGACUCCUCAAUACUAAGCUUCAGUAGUGAUAGUGUCGAAGAGGAGCUUAACAAUACUGGUUUAAAUCAAAGCAAUAGUAGUACAUUUAAUAAAAAUAGUAGCGAUAUAGAGGAGUUUUCAAUUAAAGAGUUAAAAAAAAUCACCAAAGAACUAAAUAUAUCCAAUAAAGGUACAAGAGAGCAGUUAAUAAAAAGAAUUAAAACCAAUAAGAAAAGACAAAGAAGAAACCAAAGAUUAGUUAAAGUGUUUCCAGAUAUUAUAGAUUUUGGAAUCAUCAGAUUAAUAAUAGAAUAUUUAUUAUACAGUAGAAAAUAUCAAGGUUUUUCCAUUGGUAAAUUUUAUUUCAAUUUAAAAGAAAUUAUUAACUAUUCAUUAGUAUGUAAAAAAUGGAAUAAAGUUUGUUCAGAUACUAUAUCAAAUUGUAUAGAGUUAAAUAUAGGCCAAUGGUUUAAGGUCGAUAUUAAUAGUGACAGCCCAACUUACCAACAAAAGAUUUUAAACUUGCCAAUUGGGAAAUUAAUAAAAUAUCACUUCAUUAACCAGAUAAACAGCAGCAUUAGUGAAUACACAAACAAUAACCAAAUAGUUAAUAAUGAUAGUAGUAAUAAUAACUCUUUUUUUAAUAAUAGUAAUAAUUUUAACAAUGUAAAUAUAAACAAUAGCAAUGAUAAAAAUAAUAAUCUAAAUAUUACUUUAAAAUCCCCAAAAAUCAAUACUACCAAUUCAUUAAUUAAAAUUGAUAUUCAAUUGCUUAAUCAUUAUUUCGAUCUUUCAACAACUAGUUCAUCUAUAAAUAAUAUUCAUACCAAUAAUAAUAAUAAAUUACAAAAAAAUAAAAUUAUAAAUUUAAUAACUGAACAAACUUUAAAAAAAUUAUGGGAGUAUGAAAGAGAGAUAUCAGAUAAUGUACACUACAACGUUAGACUUUACACCAAUCACUCCAACAACGACUCGAUUAUAUAUUUAAAGCAAGAUCCAACUUGCGAAUUAAAAAUUGAAAACUUGUAUAUAGAUAUGGAGCACAAACAAAAUGAAGAUGAUGAUUUUAAAGCUAUAUCCAAGUUAAAACCAAAGAAUUUAAAAUGCUUUCUAUGGAGAUUCAAUAAUAGCAACCAAGAUUUAACCUACCAUGUAAAUUACUCACCGCUAUUCAAAAUGAACUGCUCAAUGAUACAAAGUAUUGAAAUUGGGGGUGAUCAUGUGGAUCCAUACAUAGUUUCAAUGGUUAAGAAUUUACCAAUGCUGCAUACAUUAACUAUAUCAUUAUUAUUUCACGAUCUCAUGAGAUAUUUCUCUGGUGAUAUUAAUAAUGGUAGAGUUAAUACUGGUGUUCAUCAAUUUGGUAAUCGUGGCUUUUACACAUACGAAAAUGGGUGCGGUAGACAGCAUGGAGGCGGUCUAAUGGAGUCUGAAGAAUGGUCAAUAGAUAGGGGUUGGUACGAGAUGAUCGAGUCUUUAUCUGAUCAUAAAUCACUUUUAAACUUAACACUAAUAAAUCGAUGCUCUAGAGGUAUUCACUGUCAUAAAUUUCAAGAAAUUCCUGCAAUGGUUACUAGUAGUCUAAACUCUUUUCUUUCAAGAAAUAAAAGCAUCACUUAUUUAAAUCUACACAACUGGGACUUUAUCAGCGAUAGAACUUUACUCGACUCCUUCUCAUCAUCAAAUAAUUCAACAAUUAAAACAUUAGUUUUAAAAGAAAUCGAUUAUAUCAAUAAUCUCAAAUACCAUAAUGAUCUAAAUUUUAAUCAAAAACUACCAAAGAUUCAACUAUUCCCAAUUAAUUUAGUAUCAGAAAUUAAACAUUUAAAACUAAGAUAUAAUAAUACAUUAUUAAAUUCAACAAAUAUAAUUAAUCAAUUAUUUUGUACAAAUGAUAGCGAAUCACCAUUACCAUCCUCUUUGGUAUCAUCAGAAAUACCUUAUUUAAAUACUCAAAAUAUUUAUUCACUUGAAAUUCCAUUUGAUAUUUCACAGUUGGAGCAUUUUGUUAAAUUUAUAACUCAUCCAAAUAAUAAUAUUAAAGAAUUUACACUAGUUUUACAACAAUCUUUACAACAACAAUCAAAAUCUAAAAAUAUUGAAAUUAUGAUUAAAAAAUAUCAAAAUCAAAUAGAUAACCAUCCACUAUACAAACCACAUAAAAAAAAGAAAAUAAUAAACUUUAUAAUACAAUAA